GUGUGAGCCUCGGAGGCCGUGGCCUGGUGCCGCCAGGCUCCCGGGUGGGGAUUCGAGGGCCCUCUCGACUUCCGGAGGCCCCAGAGCUGAGCCCCGGCCCGUCCCGUCUGCGGCCCCGCCUCGCCCGGGUGCAGGGAGCGCAGGGUUUCUGCAAGGGGGUGCAGAACGAGGCUGCACUUUUUCCGGAAGCCCCGGCCGCCGCUGGCACCUGCAGAGAGGCAAGGGGAGCGGCGAGGCGUCCGUAUCCACCCUCAGCCCGCGAGAUCCGGACUUCGCGGCCUCCCCGCUCUCCCGGCGCGGGCUCCACUUCCGCCGCGCGGAGCCGCUGCGCGGAGCCAUGUUUUCUUCUCGGCCCGGCGGACUUCCCAGAGUUGCCCGGCGAGUCCCGUUACCUGGCAGGUGACAGCAGCGUGACCGUGCUCUUGGCCGGCGUGGUGCUGCGAGCUUGAUCAGAGCGCUUGAGAUACAAGAGAAGCAAAGCCACGUCCUUCCCUGUAAAGACACGUGGGCCUGACCUUGCAGCGCGAGGUUCCCAGCUACCGGUCUCUUUUUUUUUUCUAAGUAGGCAAGCUCAAAUCUGGAAUCCCAUGGCACAGGGCAAAUUUAUUAUGCACAGCACGGAAAAUUCGAAGGUACUGUCCAAGAAGCUGGGACACUGCUAUCCAGUAAGAAUGUUCGUGUCAACUGUUUGGAUGAGAAUGGAAUGACUCCUCUAAUGCACGCAGCAUACAAAGGAAAACUUGACAUGUGCAGGCUGCUUCUACGACACGGAGCCGACGUGAACUGUCACCAGCACGAGCACGGAUACACAGCCCUCAUGUUUGCGGCGCUCUCUGGAAAUAAAGACAUCACGUGGGCAAUGUUGGAAGCCGGAGCAGAGACAGACGUGGUCAACUCCGUAGGAAGAACAGCAGCUCAGAUGGCAGCCUUUGUGGGGCAACAUGAUUGUGUGACAAUAAUCAACAAUUUCUUCCCAAGAGAGAGACUGGAUUAUUACACAAAGCCCCAGGGGCUGGACAAAGACCCCAAGCUGCCCCCAAAGUUGGCUGGCCCCCUGCACAAAAUCAUCACCACAACCAAUCUUCACCCCGUCAAGAUUGUGAUGCUUGUAAAUGAGAAUCCUCUGCUGGCAGAAGAAGCGGCCCUGAGUAAAUGCUACAAGGUGAUGGAUCUGAUUUGCGAGAAAUGCAUGAAACAAAGAGACAUGAAUGAAAUCUUGGCUAUGAAAAUGCAUUACAUCAGCUGCAUCUUUCAGAAAUGCAUCACCUUCCUAAAAGACGGAGAGAAUAAACUGGAUGCCCUGAUCAGAAGCUUGUUAAAAGGCCGAGCUUCUGACGGCUUCCCGGUAUACCAAGAAAAGAUCAUUAGAGAAAGCAUCAGAAAAUUCCCAUACUGUGAAGCUACCCUCCUGCAGCAGCUGGUGCAAAGCAUUGCUCCUGUGGAAAUCGGUUCAGAUCCCACUGCAUUCUCUGUCCUCACCCAAGCCAUCACUGGCCAGGUGGGCUUUGUGGAUGUGGAAUUUUGUACAACCUGUGGAGAAAAGGGAGCGAGUAAAAGAUGCUCCGUGUGCAAAAUGGUAAUAUAUUGUGACCAAACUUGCCAAAAAACACACUGGUUUACGCAUAAGAAAAUCUGUAAGAAUCUGAAGGAGGUUUAUGAGAAGCAGCAGUUGGAGGCUGCCAAAGCAAAGAGUCAUAAGGAGAACACAGAUGGCAAAUUGGAUGUCAGUGCUAGUCGUGCUUAUGAAGAGCAACCAGGGGCUGAAGUAGGUGUCACCCAGGAGGCCUGCAGUGCCCAAGGUUGUGUGGAAGGCGAGAAAGAGCCUUUGGGAAGUGAGGCUGCGCUGGGAAGUGCACCGGAGACCCCUGCAGGCCCACAGGCCGCUGAGGAGUAGAAGCCACAGCGGGCACUUGCAGGGACCAGGGACAGUCCUCGCCCUGGCAGGCUCUCGGGACUCUCCCUGCCUCGCUACACCUGCCUGGCGCGCGGUGGGACUGCACGUUUCACGGAACAGGCUUUCACGCAGGGCGCCAUCUGCCGUGCCCUCAUCUGCUGAGUUCUGUUCUGUGACUGCACAAGCAUUUCUAUACACACACGCUUUCUUACAAAAUGCAGGAAAAACAUUUCUAUUCCCUUUCUUAGGCUGCUUCCCCAACAGUUGUUCUCGAAGGAAAAAAUCCUGCGAAAGAAAGAAGUACAGACUCAAGGGAACAAAGGGACAAGCAGAAAAGGUGUGAAAGAGAUUUUCUAUGACCACAGAAAUAAGUAGUUAAAAAAAUCAUACCUAUAUGUGAUUAAAAUACAUGUGAUAGCACUUAUAAUGGCGAAGUUUCACUUACUGAGAUUUAAUGAAUUGAAGAAAAGCUGUAUGUUGAAUAAAAUCUUCACCAUUGUUCCACAGGUAUAGUUUUAUAUAGAAAUUGUCCUGAGUAGUCUGAGUGCUGUAUGUAUAGUUGCUGCUGUGAAGUUCUCUGCAGCAGUUGUACCUUCAGAAAUGUGAGUUUCCUUGGAAGGAACAAAGGUGUGCUAUCGCUAGGGCUGAGCAUGAGUGUUAGGACAUUCCUGCACAGUUUUGAUGAAUAUAUACAUAUAUUAUAUAUAUAUAUAUAUAUAUAUAUAUAUAUAUAUUUCUUAUGAGACCAUGUGCCAUACUAUAUUUGAAAGGGUUUUAUCUUCCUGUAAGCUUUUUAUGGAACUCUCCCUGUCCAGCAACUGUGGUUUGUAACUGUCAUCUAGAGAACGUUCAGCCCUGUUUUUAUCCUAUGUGAUAUUUAAACAGAUUGAGUGUGAUGUCUGAAGAUUGUGCUUUCAGUGUUUCUUGUAUUGAUUUUUAAAUGUCACAUCUACUCCUAUAAACGACUCAUCUUGUUCCGUAAUUUGUUAAGAGGUGGCACAUAUAAGAAAAUAUAAUCAAUAAAGGGAAACGUAGAAAAUAAUGGAGAAAAAU